AUGGCAGUGCCCGCUGGGGCCGAGGCAGUGAUUGCAACCCCAGACCGCAGGCGCUGGCUGUGGUCGGUGCUGGCGGCGGCGCUUGGACUCGUGACUGCUGGAGUGUCCGCUGUGGAGGUGUAUACACCAGAAGAAAUCUUCGUCGUAAAUGGGACUCAGGGGAAGCUGACCUGCAAGUUUAAGUCCUCUAACGUGACCAGCAGCUUGACCUCAGUCACCUGGAGCUUCCAGCCAGAGGGGGCCAACACUGCUGUGUCGUUUUUCCACUACUUUCAAGGGCACGAGUACCCCGGAAAUAGUCCACCAUUUAAUAACAGAAUCAGCUGGGUCGGCGACCUGGACAAGAGAGAUGCAUCAAUUAACAUAGAGAAUAUGCAGUUUAUACACAAUGGCACCUAUAUCUGCGAUGUCAAAAACCCCCCUGACAUUGUUGUCCAGCCAGGACACAUUCGACUUCAUGUUGUAGAAAAAGAGAGCAUGCCCAUGUUUCCAGUUUGGGUGGUGGUAGGUAUAGUUUCUGCUGUGGUCCUAGGUCUCACACUGCUCAUCAGCAUGAUUCUGGCUGUUCUCCACAGAAGGAAGAACUCCAAACGGGACUACACUGGCUGCAACACAUCAGAGAGUCUGUCACCGAUUAAGCAGGCUCCAAGGAAGUCUCCCUCCAACACAGAGGGUCUAGUAAAGAGCCUGCCUUCUGGAUCUCACCAGGGCCCAGUCAUAUACGCGCAGUUAGACCACUCUGGCGGACAGCACAGUGACAAGAUUAUCAAAUCCGAGUCUGUGGUGUAUGCUGAACUCCUGAAGAACUAAGAGAAGACCCAGAAGGUUCCCAAGAAAGAAACAAAUCCAAACUGGACUCUUGUGAAGAAAAUGUAGCCCACUACCACACGUGGCCUUUGA